GGACGGAAUGUUGCUGUUUCUGCUGCUGGAAGCGCUGAGCUUUAGCUCGGCCACCAAGAAUCCCUGCGUGGUCGAGUUUGGUAGCAACUCCUCCGGAGUUGGCGUGUUUGACGAAACGUUCUCAAGCACUCCGCAGUGCUCGUACUAUGGAGUUUGUUACGCGGAAGCUCCCGUUGGAUCGUUGAGGUUUAUGAAUCCAGUUCUUCACGACCCGCGAGGACCGCAGAAUUACACCAAGCAGGGUACCAUGUGUCCGCAGAUGAAUACUCACAACGGAAGCAUCAUGGGCGUUGAGGAUUGUCUUGUGAUGGACAUCAUUACGCCGUUUGUACCAGGACCAUCAAAGCCAACCAAACUCCCGGUUUUAGUGUACAUCCACGGUGGAUCCUUCGUGAAUGGAUAUUCCGGACUGGGUCUCUGGAAGGGUGCCGAUCUUCUAAUCGAUAAAAAUGUCAUCGUAGUCAGUAUCAACUACCGCCUUAAAGUUCUAGGAUUCCUUCGCCAUCCUGAGUUCAACAUCACCGGCAACUUUGGUUUGAAAGACCAACGAACUGCGCUGCUGUGGAUCCAGAAGUACAUCCACCUCUUCGGCGGUGAUCCCACUCGGGUAACACUCAUGGGACACAGCGCCGGAGGCGCCUCGGUGAUCUACCAUCUGUACGCCAAGACUUCUAAGGGACUAUUCCAGCAGGUGAUUUCGCUCGGCGGGACUAUGAUUGCCCCGUGGGCGCUGAACUACAAACCGCAAGGAAUCACCGCGGAGUUGCUGCGGAGAUUGAACGUGACUUUGCUGGAGGAGCUUCAAAAUAUUGACUACAAAAAGUUGUUCUUCGACGAUCGGUUCGAUUUCAGCUGGUACUUCACCAUGAUACAUGACGGAUUCGUUCCAACGCUGGAAGAUCCAGACGAUCCAGAAGCAUUCAUCACAGUACCACCUCAUACGCUGAUUCUGGACAAACCGGCCAGCGAUGUCCCGUUAAUAGUAGGCCAAACCGCUACCGAGUACAGGUUGAUGCUGAAGUACCUGGAGUUCUUCAUAAUGGGUAGCUACUUCCCGCACAAAUCCUGGCAGCCAAUCUACUACGACAUUGCCAAGUUAGUGCAGAGCAAGAUCAACGCUAGUGACAAGCCCGAUAUCAUCGUACAAUUGGCCAACCUGGCCAGUGGAUAUUACCCGGUUAAACGAACGAUCCAGCAUCUGGUGAGUCAGAGCUCAUCUCCCGUGUACUACUUCCAGUUUGAGUAUGAGGGACGCUUUGGAUACCUGAAAAGGGAUCAGAAUCAAACCAACCAGCAUGGAGCGGCUCACGGCGAUGAGUUGGGGUACAUAUUUUCACCACUUGUGGAGGAUGAAGCAGUUGCUGAUCGGGAGAGAUUCCGGACUGAGUGGAGUGUCCACGAGGAAACUGUUCAGUUGGUGUCGGAUUUCGUGAAAUUUGGAAAUCCUACUCCUCAAGUGGAUAUUCAACCCAAUCUAGUUUGGCCACAGUACAGCGAGAGCGAUUCAACCGAUCGAAAGUAUUUGAACAUCGGACAAAAUUUGGAAAUAAUCCCAGAUACUGACUCUGAAGACGAUUUGUUCAACUUUUACGAACCAAUCUAUGAAUGUUUGUACUAUCACAACUGUGACGAAGUGGAAGUGAUGGUGAAGAGCAUGAAGAGAACUGAAUCAAGUCAGUUUGAUAACAUUGUCAAAAUGAUGUGCAAAAAUGCUGGUAAAAAUGGAGCUGAGAUACCUGACAUGUGCUAUGCAUUUUGAGCAAAUUUCGCUUCUCGAAGCCGUAUGGAACAAACUACCUCAACUCACUUAGAUUACAAUUAUCAAAUAGCUCAAAAAUACAUUUCUCAACUCUAGAUGGUGUCAAACAGCACGAUUUCUCCAUAUGUUACAAAUUUCCCGUUUCCCCAAAAAGCAAAAGUUCGUGAUAUGUGCUUGCAGCAUAUUCGGGUCAAACGAAUAAACCUGGGGCUCUCCCUGGAAACUGGCGAUAAUGGCGAACACGUUUCCAGGUAAAGCUUUAGCCUCGUUAUGUGAACAACAGUGCUGAAAAGUUCAUCGCCAAUAAAAGCUACUUUAUUAGUGGGUGACACCAUGCAAGAA